AUGAAGCCCCCUCCAGCGCCUGCCUUUAUCCCUGCCAAAGGGCCUCCCAGCUAUUUUGUGCAGGAGACACUCGUCCCCGAACCUGAUGACGAUGACCAGCCUCCCCCACCACCUCCUGACUUGAAUAUUCAUGCUAUCGACACCCCCUACAUCCCCCUCUCGAUCGAUAACAUUCCUGUCGCUGUCCCCGACGUCUCUUUCAAUCCUGCAGAGUCCGAAGCUGCAACCGAACGUUGGAAGCUUCGCGUCGAUUCUAUGCUGCGAGAGAUAGCUGAUGGGAAGGACGUCGACUUGGACCAAGUCUUCAAGGAGCUCAUGGAACAGUGCGACAAAUUCAACGAAGAUGUCACCUCCAGCGAGAGUCCGUCGACAAGGGAUGCUCGACUGCAGAUGGAAGGCUCCUGGGUCGACUUUAUCCACCGUGUUCUUCCUAAUGUUCCUGCUGAGAAUGCUUGGGACCCAGCCGUUGUCGCUAUCGCUGGUCCAAAGUUUAUGUUUUUCCUUGCAAGUCACCUUUUUCUCGCACAUACUACCAAGCCCCGAGCUACAGACAAGAAAGUAAUCAAGUCUCGUACCCUUGUUUGUUUCAUGAACCUCUUCCUUCAUCUUGUUCUGCGAUACACGACAGAUCCCGUUACCAAGAAAAAAUGCGGGCUCCAACUGCUUACCAAGUAUAACCUUUUCCAGAAGCUUAAAGAUCAGGUCCAAAGUCUCAUAUUUCACCUCAAGCUCGAUCGCCACUUUGAUAAAAGGUGGUUCUUUGGACGUCUGGAGAUUCAACUUGUCAUCGACACCGCGAUGAAGAGUCGAUCAACCAGGCUCGUAAAGAUAAACACAAUGAUGAGGAUACUUUUCCCCUUCUACAUGACCACAAGACCGUCUACCCUUGGGCCCAUGUGCCGAGAAUACCGCGAUCUUGGGUUUGCACAUAAUAUAAGCUUUUGUGUCGCCAGCUGGAUGAUGGCAUAUCUCUUUGCCAUUGAGGCUUUCGAAACUAAAUUCAAGACGCUUGGUGAAAUGUUUGCGUUCAAAGGAUUGGAGUACCCGCUCGAUCCCGCAAUGAGUGGGUAUCCCGUCUUUCCCGCAGCAAAGCCGGGCGGACGAGAGUUUAUCAUCCCCUAUCAAGCAUGCUCAUCUGGAGGGAUAUCCGAGUCGAUUGGCGGCCUUUUAACGGCUGCUGAAUUGCCGAUGGCAGGAGGCUAUGCAUUGCGCCGAGAGGCUGGCGACACAUACGGCAUGAUGCUGUCAGCCCGUAUCGCUCGUGAUAUCCUCAAGCACGUUCAAGACGGCUGCUUUCGGGAACACUAUUCUCGUGACGUAGAGAAUUACGAUGUUGUUCUUCUUCGCAACAACGAGGUUGACGGUAUCUCAGUGCCUAUUAAUCAGCAAGACUAUAUCUCCGCCGCUGUUCAGGCAGUUAUUCGGCGUGGUAAGGAACCUGAGCAGGCGCGCCGUAAGAGUUCAAAGCAGGACAAGGAUGCUUAUCUGAUGACUGUCGACUGUGUUGUUGCUGCUAAGCAAGCUCUUGAUGAAGCUUGGGAAUCCUAUUACGCCGUUUUCACACCACGUGCUCGCAAAUAUAAAUUAUAUAAUCCACGUCCAGAAACUAUUGGGAGGCUUUACGAUAUCGCCACGGGUGCCCGCCCUUCAGCCAAAUACAAGUUCUUCGAGCUCGCAGAGGGAAUGACCCAGGAUGAUCUUGAUGCUGCUCGAGACUUGACCAAAGAGAAGAGCGAUGAGUACUACGCACUCCGUAAGAAGUAUGGACGGAAAUAUACAGAGGCUACUAUCAAGACCCGUACGGUUGAUUUUCUUGAAGGCACAGCCGAAGGUUCUACGGAGGAGGCAGAUGAAGCUUUAGUCAAACUUCGUGAAGUUUGUGACUUUGCCAAGCCAAUAGUCUAUGACACCGCAAAUGUUGAUUCUGUGGAUAAAGACGAGGCCUCGCUAGAUACAGAUGUCGAUUUUGGCCAGUACGGUGACCCCAAAUACCGUGCCAAUUGUAGUCUGCACAAGCUUUUACACCUUGUCGACCCUUCAUCUUAUACCGCUGAUUCUCUCCUGGAACAAGAGACGAAUGCUAGUAAUUUCCAACCAGCUGCUACCAACAUUGACGAGGAUGAUGAGAAGGAUCUUGUCGAGCUACCUGUUACUCUCGUUCGUGAACGAUUCAUUGCUGCACUUCUCGAGCCUGUCUUGCAAGAACGAGAACUUCGGGAAUGCAAAGAUUCGGAAACAAAACGCUGGAAAUGCAAACGUUGCGUAGAGUAUGUCCACCGAACAGCAGAGCAGCGAAAUGUCAGCUUCACGCAUCGUGAGAAGCUAAAACGCCACCUGGAUCGUCUGCAUUGCCCGUGGCGUGAGCUUGAGCUAAAGAUGGUGGCUCAUUGGAACCCAGACUCCAACGAGCUUCUGCAAUACCGUUGUCCAUGUGGUGGAUUUGAAUACACAGACAUAGAUGUUGUUCAUCAGCACAUGGUUAGCGUGGAUUGUCCUCAGUUCCUUGCUCAUCGUAUUAUGCUCGAAGAGUACAACAAGUUGAUCGAAUGGCAAGACGACGCUGGUAGUGACGAUGAAGACGAAAGCGAUGUUGACGACAACACCAAGGCUAUUAAUUCAUCCUCGACCACGAACCGACGGAGCAAGGGAAAGAAGGAACUGAUCGUGACCGACGAAGUGUUAUCCACGUUUGAAUCUAUCUUGUCAGACCAUCUCCCAGAAACCUUCCCAUCCGAAGGAAUUGAGCUUUUAACAGACUUCCUUGCUACUGCAAAGGACCAUGUAUCGUCAUCAUCGUAA